AUGACCGCCGCCGCCCGCACCGCCGCGAACGGCAGCAAGGCCGCCGCGACCCUCGGCCCAAACUGGGUCAACCAAGUCCUGGGACUGUGGUACGGCCAGUUUGGCCCUAGCCAGUGGUUCACGGGCGGCGUCGACGUCGACGACAAGUGUCGCGUGCACUACAACGACAUUUGGGAAUGCAUCGGCGCCUCUCCGGCCCCACCCCACGGCAACCCUAACGACCUGGCGAGCUACUGCAGCUCGACCCCGCGCGAAUGCUUCACCGACCCACAGGCGGCGCUGGCCGGAGUUAUCGUGUACGAUCAAGCCCCGCGUAACAUGUUCCGCAGGACUGCGCGCGCAUUCCAGACGGACGCACAUGCCCUCGCAUUGAGCAAGUACGCCGUCGCAAAGGGGCUCGAUAAGGGCCUCAAGCCCGAGGAGAAGAUGUUCCUCUACAUGCCGUACAUGCACUCGGAAGUGCUCCAGGACCAGGAAGACGCUGUCGUGCUCUUUGGCACGGUUGGCGGAGAUUUCCAGGCGGAACAGGACAAGUUUGCAAAGGAGCACCGCGACAUUAUUGCAAAGUAUGGGCGCUUCCCCCACCGCAACGCUGUGCUCGGGCGUGAGAGCACGCCUGAGGAGAUCAAGUUCCUCCAGGACCACGACGGUUUCGGUCAAUGA